GCUGACCGGCCGGGGACGUCAUUGCAGUUGGUCGCCGUAGUAGCCAUCGCCGGAAGAAGUGACAGCCCGGUGCCGGGAUCUGUGUGAGAUUGUUGCAGCCAUGGCAGACUCUGCUCCCAACAGUCCUCCCCAGGGAGGAGUCGUGCAAUUCAUGCUGGCUAAUAAACUGGACACUGCAAUGUGGCUUUCAAGGUGGUUCACUGUAUAUUGUUCAGCCCUAUUUAUUCUUCCUAUUUUAGGAUUACACGAAGCCGCCAGCUUCUAUCAACGUGCCUUGUUGGCAAACGCUCUGACCAGUGCACUUCGACUCCAUCAGAGGUUACCGCAUUUCCAGCUGAGCCGGGCGUUUCUGACCGAGGCCCUGCUAGAAGACAGCUGCCAUUACCUGUUGUAUUCACUCAUCUUUGUUAACUCCUAUCCUGUUACAAUGAGCAUUUUUCCGGUCUUGCUCUUUUCUUUGCUCCAUGCAUCAACGUACACAAAGAAGAUCUUAGAUGCUAGAGGGGCCAACAGCGUGCCGUUUCUCAGGUCUCUUCUGGAGAAACUGAAUGCAAACCAGCAAAACGUACUCAAGUUCAUAGCGUGUAAUGAAAUAUUUUUAAUGCCAGCCACUGUUUUCAUGCUACUCAGCGGCCAAGGGAGCUUAUUACAGCCCUUCAUCUACUACAGAUUUCUAACGCUCCGAUAUACUUCCAGAAGGAACCCAUACUGCAGGACACUGUUCACAGAACUGAGGAUUAUUCUCGAGCACCUUGUCAUGAAACCUACAUGUCCAGCAUUUGUGAGAAGAUUGUGUCUUAACAGCAUUGCGUUUGUUAGCAGACUGGCACCAACAUCCUAAUUUAUUAAUUUAAUGAAACAGUAUGUAUGUAAAUGAGCAUUAGCAGCUGGUAUUUCUGCACGCUGUAUGAUAUUCUGGUGUUUUUUUUAUGACCUCAUCAUGCAGGUGACAUCAAACCGAUUCCAUGUGAAUGAGGCUGAAAACUGUAUGCCUUUUAUAAGCCUAUUCUUAUCAAUUUGGUAGAAUUAUUUCUGUGAAUUAUUCUUUUAAAUGUCAAAGUGGAUCAAAUGAUAUUUAUUCUGAAAAACUGAAAGCUAGGAGACCUAUUUUGUUGCCUGUUAAAGCAAAGUUAGAAAAAAAAGGAGCAUUCAGACAAGGUCGUCAUAUGGUGGAAAAUAAUUCUGUCUACAAUGGCUAAAAUAAUGCCUAGAUAUUUUGUCAUUGGUUCUUCAUCCUGUUGGCAGACAGACCAUUAUGGUGAUUAACAGCUGGACUGCGAACAUUGCCUAUUGAAUACACACUGUUUAGGUAUUGGUUAUGUUGGAAACUACCAAGUAAACAUGCUAAGAAUAUUUCACUUUCAUAUUUUAUUGCAGGAGCCGUUUAGGUAAAAUACUUGCUUAGGAAAACUGGCACAAUUUUCUGUUGUAUUUGUAUUUAAAAUACAAAGGGGUUUAUUGUCUUUCUACUGAACCGCUGCUUUCAAGAUGUACAUAGGAUAAACAAAUUUACAUGGUAAUCAUAGAGCAUUUUUUUAAGCAAUUUGCUUUGAAAAGUGGCUACUUUGGUUAAAAAAAAAAGUUUUUUUUUUCUUUUUCAAAAUUCCAUAAAACACAAUAAACAUACAAAUGUGUAAA